AGCAUUUUCCAUCAUGAGGCCUUUGGAGAUUUGAGACACUUUCUUAAUGCCUGUAUGUACGUAUAAUGAAGUGAGAUGUCCUGAGUUCAGAUAUCACCUCAGAUAUUACCUGUGUGACCUUAACUGAACUGACCCGCAGUUUCUUCAUCUGUAAAAUGGGGGGGAUUGUACUAGAUGGACAACACAGUCCCUUCCAGCUGUAGAUUUAUGAUCCUAGGUAUAAGCAGGGAUGGGGAGGCAUGGGGAUGUCCUUUCAUCCAUAUAGGGAACUCCCAGAACCAUCAUAGCUGGUCUGAGCUUUUUUGUAUCUUAGUGUUACAGUUGUUGAGAGGAUCAAUUGAGGUAAUAUUUCCAAAGUGUUUAGAGAAGCACACAGUAGGCGCUAUGUACUUCCUUUUCCUCCCCAACUCUGGUGGCCCAGGGUCACGUAGUCAGUAGCGCGAGUUGAUUCUAAGGUGUGUACGGUUUACAAGAGCUCUCCCUCCCACAUGCAUUACCUCCCCAAAUAGCAUACACCAGGUAGCGCAGGGAAGGGGGAAGGAAUGCCCUGCUCUGAUUGGCUCCCAGAAGAGACGGCCUGCCGUAAGGUACUGGGCCGGAAGCCAGAGGACCCAGUUCUAAACCCGGCUGUUCCUCCGCCUCUCACUUGGAAAACUGGGCCUCACUGUCUCUGUGAAGUGUGGGGGCUUGUGGUGGGAGAUCUCAGACACUCCUCUUCUGGCUCUACCUAGAAUCCUGUGACUAAAGAUAUUCAGUCACCCAAGUCGAAAGUUACUGACUCUCCAGGAAGUUGAGUCGCUCAGGACGGCCCCUAAGAUUCCAUCUGACAAAUGCUUGUGGCCUGACACUGGGGAAGCCGCGCCCAGCCCAGGCACGGGCAACGGCAGUGGCACGGGCCAGCGGACUAUUCCCCACCGAGGUAUGGAGAGGCCGGCGCCCCUGGCCGUGCUGCCCUUCUCGGACCCGGCGCACGCCCUGAGCCUGCUCCGGGGGCUGAGCCAGCUGCGCGCCGAGCGCAAGUUCCUGGACGUGACCCUGGAGGCGGCGGGAGGGCGCGACUUCCCCGCGCACCGGGCGGUGCUGGCGGCGGCCAGCCCCUACUUCCGCGCCAUGUUCGCGGGCCAGCUGCGGGAGAGCCGCGCCGAGCGAGUGCGGCUCCACGGCGUGCCUCCCGACAUGCUGCAGCUGCUGCUGGACUUCAGCUACACGGGCCGGGUGGCGGUGAGCGGCGACAACGCCGAGCCGCUGCUGCGCGCCGCCGACCUGCUGCAGUUCCCAGCCGUGAAGGAGGCGUGCGGGGCCUUCCUGCAGCAGCAGCUCGACCUCACCAACUGUCUGGACAUGCAGGACUUCGCCGAGGCCUUCAGCUGCGCGGGGCUGGCGGGCGCGGCGCAGCGCUUCAUCCUGCGCCACGUGGGCGAGCUGGGCGCCGAGCAGCUGGAGCGCCUGCCCCUGGCGCGCCUGCUGCGCUACCUGCGCGACGACGGGCUCUGUGUGCCCAAGGAGGAGGCCGCCUACCAGCUGGCGCUGCGCUGGGUGCGGGCGGACCUGCCGCGCCGCGCCGCGCACUGGCCGCAGCUGUUGGAGGCCGUGCGCCUGCCCUUCGUGCGCCGCUUCUACCUGCUGGCGCACGUGGAGGCCGAGCCGCUCGUGGCGCGCUGCCCGCCCUGCCUGCGCCUGCUGCGCGAGGCCCGCGACUUCCAGGCUGCGCGCUACGACCGCCACGACCGCGGGCCCUGCCCCCGCAUGCGCCCGCGCCCCUCCACCGGCCUCGCCGAGAUCCUCGUGCUCGUGGGCGGCUGCGACCAGGACUGCGACGAGCUGGUCACCGUGGACUGCUACAAUCCGCAGACCGGCCAGUGGCGCUACUUGGCCGAGUUCCCCGACCACCUGGGCGGGGGCUAUAGCAUCGUGGCGCUGGGCAACGACAUUUACGUCACGGGCGGCUCUGACGGCUCCCGGCUCUACGACUGCGUCUGGAGGUACAACUCGAGCGUGAACGAGUGGACGGAGGUGUCGCCCAUGCUGAAGGCCCGAGAGUACCACAGCUCCACGGUCCUGGACGGGCUGCUGUACGUCGUCGCCUCGGACAGCACGGAGCGCUACGACCACACCACCGACACCUGGGAGGCCCUGCAGCCCAUGCCCUACCCCAUGGACAACUGCUCCACCACGGCCUGCCGUGGCAAGCUCUUCGCCAUCGGCUCGCUGGCGGGCAAGGAGACCAUGGUGAUUCAGUGCUACGACCCAGACACCGAUCUGUGGUCCCUGGUCAACUGUGGCCAGCUGCCGCCCUGGUCUUUUGCACCCAAGACAGUGACCCUGAAUGGGCUCAUGUACUUUGUGAGAGAUGAUUCUGCUGAAGUUGAUGUGUAUGACCCCAUGAAGAAUGAAUGGGAUAAGAUCCCUUCUAUGAACCAGGUAAACUUGGAAAUGGGGGGGGGUGUUUCUCUGUCCUCUCUAAGAGGAUGGACGCACUGGGCACAGAGUCCGCUCCUGUCCUCUUGGAUGUCCAUGCUGGUACUGUUGAGUCUCUGGCCAGCUUUUCUUCAUCAGGCCAAGGGUGGGGAGACGUAGUUGUCAGGGGAGA